UCCGAGGGCACGUUUCUGCUGUGCGCGCUGAAACCGCGCAAGCGCAAGGAACGUCGCGAGUCCUGCUGCCAGGAACGCAAGCUAAUAAGUUUAGUUGGAUCUAAAGACGGAGCUGUAAAUGGAAUGCGACGACUGCGCUUUUCAGGAGCAGCAGCGAGGAACGUGUUCUUGACAGUCCCACCGACGUCGCGGAUACGAUCAGACGUGUCAGCAGUCACGAAGAUUUCAACAGCCAGGAACACUUGCACAUCUUAUCGCAACUUAGCCAAGACAUGGGCCACGGCGUGAGAUGCGGCGGUCUACCGCUGCAUGAGAGAACCAACGUUUCGCCGGUCUCGAAGAAAUCGUCGUCGGUGCCGUCACCCUGCGAAGUGGUCGUGGCGACUGAGAAAUAUGACUGCGACGCCGAGAGAUUGCGGAGCAGCGAGCGCUUCAGCAGAAGCGUCACUCCGAGGGGCAGAAGACAGGCGCGCAAAAGGAGGGUGCACAGAGUCCCGGAUGCGGACGCGAGUUCCAGCAAGGAAAACGAAGAGGAGUCGGAGAACAUGUAUAUCUCCAACAUGUCACCAAGUCCCAACAGCCACAAUGGCUCGCCGGCUCAGAGCUUCUUGGAGAUGUUGAGCAGUGGACCGAGCAGAUCACCGUCACCAGCUCGUCCACCCACUGUCGAUCACGAAGACAUGAAUAAUCCCAGUCUGACUAACUGGGGCUUCCAACAUUUGGAAGGAAAUGAUGAGGCCGUGGACGCAAGAGUGGAGGCUAUGCUCUCGCCUAGGAACUCGCUGCUGCUUCCCAGGAGGUUUUACUCCGAGGAGGAGAUGCAGCCGAGUACGCCCAGCCCGUCGGACUUGGGGCUGAAGAAUCUGGCGAAGCACAUCAACGGCCUGAAGAAGAAGAUCAAGAAGUACGAGGACGAGUUCGAGGAGAACUUCGGCUAUCGGCCGAGCCACUCCGACAAGAUGAGCAAUCGUGACAUCAAGCGAUUGUGCACGGAGCUGAAUAAAUUGCGGAAGGAGCACAAGAUGCUGAAGGAGGAUCCGAUAGGCGCCCUAUUAGCGUUCGGCAACAACCGUCAGGUGAACGCCGCCGAUACCGCCGGCAGCCCCGUCAACAACAACAACGGUCACGAGAAGUCUAGGGCGUCGUCGAUGGAGGAGAUGGUGAAGGAAGUCGAGAAGAAGCUCAACGAGAAGCGGAUCAAGUAUAAUCGACCCGACAACAUGGAGGAGCUCAGCUACGAACAAUUGGUGGACGAGAAGACGGCCGUGCAGAAGGCGCUGCUUCACAUCGAGAGCGCAUUCGGCAGGCCGGUCUCUAAGGAGGAUCGGGCGGUCGUGCGACCGUUGUACGACCGCUACAGAACCCUGAAGAGGCUGCUCAUCAGAGCGGGCGCGAGCAAAAACAAGGACAGCGUCUCGGAACUAGCUACGAUUUUGGAGCACGAAACGAUGGAUUUCACGUCGUCGAGCUUGCCGGGAAAUCCGACGGACGUCGAUAGGAGAGCCAGCGAGCCGGAUAUGUCUCACCGAGGUAUUUUAGACUGCAUCGAUCCUGCGGAUCAAUUGCCAACUGAUAGCGACAGCCAGCACAGCAGCAGCGAGGGCAGUCGCGGCACCGGUGAAAGUUUGCAUGCUCUUCCCCAAGAAGAACUACUGGCACAGCAACGGGCUACUCGCGAGGAGAAGAAACGACUUCGUAGGGCGUUGAAGGAGCUGGAGGCUCAGUUCGAGGCUCGAGCAGGCCGUCGAAUGCAACGGGAGGACCGGGGUCCUCAGGUCACCACCGUCUACGAGUCCUACAAGCAAGCGAAGGCGAAGCUCAGACUGAUCGACGCUCUCAUUGCCAAGAAAGCCUGACGCAGUAUUUAAUGCGCACGUAACGCAACGUGACGAGGUAGGCUCGUAACGACGAGCCGUUGGAAACUCCUGGAAGCUUGAAGCUGAGCUCCUGCCGAGCUUCGAUUGUCCGUACAACGGAACACGUCUGUUGUAUACCGCGAACGCGAGCGAUACAUCCACACACACACUAUGCUACGAUUCCUGUAUCGCACAGUCACGACUGGGAGGUGGUCUGAAUAGAAACAGAGCCUACCCGAGAAGUGCAGAAUGAUGGUGUACGCAAUGGAGGAGAGAAUCUAUCGUCCAGAAUCAAAAGAUUUCGAAAGCAGAGAUAACGCGUAAGGAUGACACGAGUGUAGGAUUUCUUUCGCUCUCGUGAGUUCGUGCGUAUUCGUGUGCGCACUCCCUCUUUUCGUCGUUUUUAUCGGUCUACGACCGAUCCGUGUCACGAGGGACACUCGAGAAACGAUAUCUUCGAUAUUAGCAUAACGCAACUUAUUUGAGGUAUUGUUGUUUUGACAAGCACACACACACACACACACACAUACACGUCGAUACGUCGUUGAAGGUAACGCGUGAACUAACAAAGUUAUAAUAGUGUGCAACGCAAUACGUGUGCAAAAAUGAUGACGCUAACGAGAUAGCACACGCAUAUACACACAUUUAUACACACAUUUGAGCGCUUGAGGCACCAGCAAGUCGAAAGCGUAAAAUGAUCAUUGCGUGAAUAUGAAGCAAUCGCGAAUCCUGUUUCGCAUCUCACACAAUGCAUCACGCAUUCGACGGCUUAUUCGUUGUUACGGAAGUAUUUUCACCCGACUGUCCUCCGACUUAUUUAUCUUCUCUCCCUCUGCAAAGUAUAUCGGAAUAAAUCUUUCACAUCACGCCAAUAGAAGGACGCUUGUUUUAAUAUAUUUAUUGUUGAUCAAUUUCUAAUCGAUUGAUUAUAAAACCAAAAGGAGAAAAAAAACACGAAAUGUACUUAUAUUUUUUAUAUAUGUUCACGGCAAAAAUCUGCGAAGUUUGUUUAAACUUCAAGUAUCGAGAGUUUAAUAACGAUGAUUGUGCGUGAACGGAUAUCGAACGAACAAAUGCCUAACGCUAAUGGACUUGUCACACCUGAGACCACUAAGACUAAAAUUCCAGAUUAAGAUUUUUUCCAAAUACAAACAAGACACGUCUUACGACUUGGAGAAAUAUAUCGAGUAAUGUUUUUAUUUAAAAGAAAAAGAGAGAAAAAACCGAGUAUAUAAUUUCAUAUCCGCGAUAUUUGAACUUUGAGAAGAACGAUAUUCGUUUGAUCAUUGUUUCAUCAUCAUCAUUAUCAUCAUCAUCGAGAUAAGAGUGUUAAUUACUUUUACUGUAUAAGAAUCGGCUGACGUAAACGGAUCAUCUCAUCGAUGAUCAAUAUUAUAUCGAUAAGACUUAAGAGGGGAAAGCAUACCAGGAAGCGGACGUAACGUAAUGGACAACUAACGUUUAUAGCGAACCCGAUAUUUAUUUUAUCAUCUUAAAGUAACUGCUGGAUUUAACUGCGCUGAGAGUAAAGAACGAAUCUGUGGGGUUAUACUCGUAAUAUAAGUACCUUGUAAGAGAUAUCACAUGUUGUAAUUGUAGAGUACUAUAAAAUGUUACGAUCUUAAUAAGGUAUUAAAAGAAAGAAAGAAAAAAAAGAAAAUAUUCACUAAAAAGCUCGUUGAUUUUUGCGUUUAUAUUUUUGUACAAGUACGAUUUUAAGGCCGUUCGCAGCGUAUAUACAGCCGACAGGGAUUUACCGUAAACGCCUUAAAAUUCCGCUUGAUUGAUUUUUUCACAUAGAGUCUCAAAUCAAGGGUGCUAAUGGCUUGAGUUCUACAGCGUGUCGACUAACACACAAAAAAAGAAAUGCUUUGUGAAUCUUAUUGAGUUGCAAUCGCGCCGAAGGGGUUCUCUGCGUUUUUCCUGCAACAUCACAUUCACGAAAUCAAUAGAUAGGACGGUCACCUCGAAAUCGAAGAUCUCGAUGUGUAAUCGAAUUGCAAAGGUUACGGUUACCUCCAAUUUUUGCGAGAGAACGAUCACAACACUUUCGAAGAAUGAUGUCACACUCGCAACCGGCGAAUUGAUUAGCGUGCGAAUAUUUCUCUUACAAAAUUUAACUUUUGCCUCUCCGAGAAAAAAUGACACGAAUACUCAAAAUUGUCAUUGAAAAAUAUCACAUCACGAUGAAUAUUCGAGAGAAACUGCGUAUUGCACUUUUGCGAAGGGAACUUCGAAGCUUCUGUCAUCCCGUUUUUGCACGUCGAUUACAUGUUGCAAUUUUCACAUCGAAUUUUUUAUGAUUCGUCAGGAAAGCGAAAAUCGACGAACAACCCCGCCUUUCGCGCUGAUCUCGUACACCCGUAGGUGAAAUUGACAAAAUUUCGAAUAAUAAGAAUAGCAUAAUCGGCGAGGCCGAUUACGAAUACGUGAACGCGGAAACUUAAUCUGUAAACUAAUUAAGACUCGGCUCCUCAGGUAACUAUAUUGAUUUUGUAACGUCAUAGGCGAGAAAUGACACGCAGUAAGUUUCUUGUAACGUGUAGCUUUGUUUUUUAAAUUUUCCCUGAAAAACACAACGGUUUUGUAAUUGUGAAACUUGUAAAAUGUGCAGAAAACUGAGAGAUCUGGCCGUCACGUGGAAUUGCAAAGUAAUUCUCGAAAUAACGGCUCAUUUUUUCAGCCAUGCUCAGACUGCCGUGACUAACCAUUAUGUUCUUUUCAGUUGAAAAACUAAAGGAAUAAAGCUACAUGUUGCAAGAAACUUGCUCAUUUCGCGCCUGUGACGUCACAAAGUCAAUACGAAGCCAUCCGAAUGAGCCCCGAGCCUUGAUACAAAAUGCGGAACAAAUCAACAAAAAGAGAGAAAACGAAAUGAUUUUUUAGACCAAAGCAUUUUUUAGUCUGUGAUAUAAUGAGAGCUAUACUUGCGUUAAGAUGGGAGAGUGUGUGUCUAUGGAGAGGACUCGAUUAUGUUUCUUUUCUUUGUCCCUUAUUGAAAACGACAUUGUUUAUGGAACACAGGAAACGAGAGAGGGAACGAUAUAUCUUUUCGUCGUUUCCGCGCGAGGCGAUCGAAGUUGGCGAUCUCUCUCUCUCUCUCUCUCUCUCUCUCUCUCUCUCUCUCUCUCCGGGAGAGAGAUCUUGCAGUGACGAGACGAUUAAGCUUGAAUGAAAAUUGCGUCCUUUCUCGGAAGAACGGGUGGAGGUGGACUAAUAAUUAAUACGAAAGCACACGUGAUGAAAAAAAGAAACGAAUAGCGAAAUACGAAGACAAACGUCGAAGUAAAAAUUCGAGAAGUGGAAAAAUCGGGACAAACAUUGAAGUGAACGCAUCAUAUAGUCGGUCGGAAUUCGAAUUUAAUUCAUCCUUGUUAUCCGACAGCCCCCCCCCCCUCCCCCCACUGACACGCGUAAUUCGAUCGUAUUCCUCCAUAACUGGACUGUCACGAGCGCGUGAUCGAACGCCCCGACGAUUCUGAGAAGAGAAUGUUCGAAGCGCGAGAUCGCACAUCGCGCGCGCGACCAUCGCCUCCAGCCGACUGCCAAGAGACCGCUAUUCACGAGAGGAGAAAUUAAUUUUGCAUUCGACGCUACACACAGAAAUAUUCUUAUUCUUUCCCGUGGGCGCGCCUAAGCCGCGUGUCCCUUUUCGCUCUACAAGUAGAGAAGAGAAGAGCAAAUUAAUAUUACCGUAGAUCUAUAAGAUAACGUUUUAUAUAUUAACGUUAAUUAAGGUACAUUUUGUAGCGUAUAGAGACGUGUCUUUACGCAUUAAGGACAGAUCGCGUGAUUCUGUGUAGCUGCUUUGAGAGUAUGUGUGUGUGUGUGUAUGCGUGCGUGUGUGAGAGAGAGAGAGAGAAA